AUGAACAGCUCAACCAACGUUGUCAACCAGGAGCACAACAGUUACUCGUCUGAGAACAACAACUGGCAGUACGACAACUAUGAGCAAGACAACCAUUACGUCAAUAACAGUAACUACUAUGACCGCCAUUUAUCUGAUGGCGAUGGCAACUAUGAUGACAACUAUGAUGACAACUAUGAUAACAACUAUGAUAACAACUACGACCCGAAUGCUAGGUAUGAGAGUGAGGGAAAUGACUAUCAAUACGAUGACCAGCCCGGUGACUAUACUCAAACACCAGCUCAAGACGCUUCGAUGGGCAACAACGGAGGCGAAGAAGAGGACUGCUGCGGUGACUGCGGGUGCAAUGACUGUUGCGAGUGUGGCAAUUGUUGCGAGUGCGAAAACUGCUGUGAGUGUGAGAACUGCUGUAGCUGCUGCGGAAGCGAUGAGAAUGGAAAUGGUGGCUAUCAAUUCUUCUGA